AAACAUGUAUGUUAUAUUACAGAGCCAAGUCUCAUUACUGGUUUUGAUCUAGAAAACAGUGAACUUGAUCCGAGUGAUAGUAAAAUUACGAUAGCUUGGUUUGAUGCUCCAGGUUAUAUCCAAGGCUACAGGGUACAGCUUUUUGAUAUGUCAACAUCUGCAUUUCUUACAGGAUCACAUCCCAGUUCUACAUAUAACACCUUCUUUCUCAGUGACCUGAAGAACGGAUACACAUAUAAUAUUGCAAUACAGGCAAAAAGCGAGCAAUACUACGAAGGAAAUUUCGUUUAUGGUGACCCGUAUGCUGCACAAUUUGAUACAACUGUAAAAGCCAAAGUGAUGGUGGGAGAGGCUUGUAAUAUAUCUUCAGAAUGUUCUGAUAGCGCAGCAGUAUGUCUGUUUGACACGUGUACAUGUGACGAAAGCAAUUAUGACAGCAAUGGUUUUGAAAAAGGCGGAACGUGCAAUCCAAUUACGGAUCUACAAGUGACAGAUGUUGUUUUCAUGGUGCAGACCAAUAAAAUAGUUGUAUCUUGGCGGCCACCCGUUGGCUUUGAUCAAUACAUUGAUGGGUAUACUGUCAAAUGGAGACCUAAAUAUGGUGACAAUAUUGAAGAAGAGUCAGAAAGUGUUGACUCAUCAUCUACAACACUUACACUUGAGAGAGGAAUAGAUCCUGGGCGCGCGUACAACAUCACAAUCAUUUCAAAGGAUGAAUUGUCACAGCAUGGGUCUGUAAGAAGAACAUCCGUCACAAGAAUGCAAUCAGCAAAGCCAAGUCUCACUACUGGUUUAGAUAUGAACAACAGUGAACUUGAUCCAAGUGAUGGUAAAAUUACGAUAGCUUGGUUUGAUGCUCCGGGAUAUGUUCAAGGCUACAGGGUACAGCUCUUUGAUGGAUCAACAUUGCUUUCACGAUCACAUCCCGGCUCUUUAUAUAACACCUUCUUUCUCAGCGACCUGAAGCCCGGAUACACAUAUACUAUUGCUAUAGAGGCGAAAAGUGAGCAAUACUACGAAAGAAUUAUCGAAUAUGGUGACGCUUUUACUGCACAAUUUAAUACUACAGUAAAAGUUCCAGGUCCCCCGAGAGAAGGUUCAUGCAUUAGGUCUACAGAAACCUCUAUUACAUUGUUAUGGCUACCACCCUCUGACCCUAAUGGAGAAGUGACACGUUACAACAUACAUGUUUAUAGAGAAUCUAAGCUCGAAUUUACAUUAAGUACUACAGGAAACGAAACGGUACAUACUGUGGAUGGUCUCUUUCCAGGUAACAAACGAAGUCAUUUAAGCCCGAUUGAUAACAAUUUUAGUGUUACGUAUCCUUUGUAGGUAGCCAUAGUUAUACUUUUUGACAUAAUCUGUUAGCAACAAUGAAGUUUGCAACUUAAAACAAUAUUAAAAUAGUUUGACAUAUUAUGACUUUUAUCUUUCAUAUUUUGUUAAUUCCACUGUUUCUUAAGAACACUUUAACGCCAAAAAAUAUUCUACCUGAUGAAAUAUACACUGGUACAGAAUUUUGCACAUUGUUAAGAAAACUCAUCUGCGCUUUUGAAAUCAAGAUCAUAUAACUGUUGUUGAACGAGCUUGAAUUGUUUCGUUAGUAUUAU